AUGAAAUCUACUUUUCAAUUCACUAAAACAAACCCUAGUAAUAAUCAUUUAGAAAAUCUAUCGUCAGCAGACAAAUUACAUACUUGCGAAACCGAAAUACCAAGGGAAAAUAGCAAUGGAAUAACGGAAAAAUCUAACAAUGACUUUGAAACUACUUCAGGUAAACAUCAACAAAACGUGCCUAAAUUAUUAAGUUUUAAACACGAAAGUAAAAACCUAUCAAUGACCAAUAGAAUUGAUGAAGGUAUUAUGAAACAGCACUUACCUAGAAAUGUGAGACAGCAAAAUAAUCCACACAGUGAGAAAGACGUUAAUAUUUGUGGAAAUCAUUCGGAUAAUAACAGAAUUCUAAAACAAAAAUUAAAGCGAAAUGUAUCAUAUCACGAAAUUGUUGACACUAAAUCUGUGGACAAUUCAUCAAAUGCUGGAAGUAAAAACUAUUACAGCAGCUCUUCAUCGACUAUGUCCUCCGUGACUGAAAGCUCUACAUCACAAAAGUACACAGAUUCUGUAUCUCCUGAAGCUCACUUAUCGAAAUUGAAGAAAAUACACCGUAAAGCAUCAAGGCGUAAAAAACUAAAAUAUUUUAAAGGAAUAUUCUGCUUUUUAUCAGUAAGAAUAAUUCUAUUAUUUACUUUAAUCUUGAGUAUUUUAUUUCUUCUGGUUGGAUACCUAUUACAUAUAAGGAAUAUCUUAAUAACUGGUUGCAUAUUAUCUUUGACAUCAGUUGGUUGUCUAGUUCAGUUGUGCUUCACUAAACGUUCAAGUUCAAACAAAUUUAAUCCACAAUCUGUACCAUUCGCACUAGCUGCUGAAGAUCUUCCGAAUACAGGAAAUAAAACCCUAAUCCCAUCUUUGACAAUAGGAACAUCGAACCAGUUGAACACCUCAAGCAUCAGCACUACUGUUAAUGAAGUAGGUGUUAGUAACACUAAUAACGACUGCAAUUUGUUAAAAGUUCCUGAAGGGUCAUCUGCUGUACAGUUAACUACAUCACCAAAUACACCCCUUGUCAUAGGCAUCGAUCACAUCCAAGCAAGACGUCUAAGUAUGGCAUUACAGCACUUAUCAAGAAAUUCCUUUCAACCCCAAACACUAUCCUCACAUAAGCACGAAACAACAAGUAUGCUAAAUAUGGCAAGACGUUUGACAAUGGCUAGUUCAGCCAUUGCUUUGGGCAGUACUGAUCGUGAUUACUACGGUCAUUCAUCAUGGUUAACUGGAUCUAGAGUUCGACAUGGUGUAAGACGUAGUUUAGCAUGGAAUGAGUCUGGUGCAACUCGAUUUUAUGAACAUUGUUAUGAUUGA